AUCUCUAACCAAAUUCUUUUCUCUCUGCCAGAACCCUACAUACAGAAGCUCCAUUUCCUCUCUGCUGCUCGUCAAACAUGGCGGCCACCGCUGGUAACCCUGGCAUCUCCAUCCGACCACCACCCUCCUCCACCAAAUCCCAUCAACUCCUUUCAAGAUUCACCCUCCCCAUUCCCUCUAAUCCCCAAAACCCCACCCUCCUCCGCCGCCGCCCUCUCCACAUCUCCAAUGUCCUCUCCAACCCCAAACCCACCACCCUCACCACCACCCCCGCUGCCGCCGAAACAUUCAUCUCCAGAUUCGCCGCCGACGAACCCAGAAAGGGCGCCGACGUCCUCGUCGAAGCGCUCGAGCGCGAAGGCGUGACAGACGUCUUCGCCUACCCCGGCGGCGCGUCAGUGGAGAUCCACCAAGCCCUGACGCGCUCCCAAAUCAUCCGCAACGUCCUCCCCCGCCACGAGCAAGGCGGCAUCUUCGCCGCCGAGGGCUACGCACGCGCCUCCGGCCUCCCCGGCGUCUGCAUCGCCACCUCCGGCCCCGGCGCCACCAACCUAGUCAGCGGCCUCGCCGACGCAAUGCUCGACAGCGUCCCCGUCGUGGCCAUCACUGGUCAAGUCCCCAGGCGCAUGAUCGGCACUGAUGCUUUUCAAGAAACCCCAAUUGUUGAGGUAACUCGAUCUAUCACCAAACACAAUUACCUUGUUCUUGAUGUUGAUGACAUUGCUCGUGUUGUGCGCGAAGCUUUCUUUCUCGCAUCUUCGGGUCGUCCUGGUCCUGUUUUGAUUGAUGUACCUAAAGAUAUACAACAACAAUUAGUUGUUCCCAAUUGGAAUCAACCUUUGAGAUUGCCUGGUUACUUGUCUAGGCUGCCUAAACCACCCCAAGACACCCAUUUGGAUCAGAUUGUUAGGUUGAUUUCAGAGUCUAAAAAACCUGUUUUGUAUGUUGGUGGUGGGUGUUUGAAUUCCAGUGCGGAGUUGAGGAGAUUUGUCGAGCUCACGGGCAUUCCGGUCGCAAGUACUUUGAUGGGUCUUGGAUCCUACCCUUGUUCCGAUGAGUUGUCUCUUCAAAUGCUUGGAAUGCAUGGUACUGUUUAUGCCAAUUUUGCUGUUGAUGGAAGUGAUCUGUUACUUGCUUUUGGGGUCAGGUUUGAUGACCGUGUGACUGGAAAGCUCGAAGCUUUUGCUAGCCGAGCUAAGAUUGUUCACAUCGAUAUCGAUUCGGCAGAGAUAGGAAAAAAUAAGCAACCCCAUGUGUCAGUGUGUGGGGAUGUGAAGUUGGCUCUGAAAGGGUUAAAUGAGAUUUUGGAGGCGAAAAGAGCUAACCUUAAAAUGGAUUUUUCUGCUUGGAGGCAGGAGCUAAAGGAGCAAAAAGUGCAGCAUCCAUUGACCUUUAAGACUUUUGGAGAUGCCAUUCCACCACAAUAUGCGAUUCAGGUUCUUGAUGAGUUAACCAAUGGGAAAGCGAUUAUAAGUACUGGUGUUGGACAGCAUCAGAUGUGGGCUGCUCAAUUUUACAAGUACAAUAGGCCUAGGCAGUGGCUGACAUCUGGGGGAUUAGGGGCUAUGGGUUUUGGAUUGCCUGCUGCAAUUGGAGCUGCUGUUGCGAGACCUGAUGCAGUUGUUGUAGACAUUGAUGGCGAUGGAAGCUUUAUGAUGAAUGUCCAGGAGUUGGCUACAAUCCGGGUGGAGAAUCUUCCCGUUAAGAUACUGUUAUUGAAUAAUCAGCAUUUGGGUAUGGUUGUUCAAUGGGAGGAUCGGUUUUAUAAGGCUAAUAGGGCUCACACAUAUUUGGGUAACCCAUCAAAAGAGUCUGAGAUAUUCCCGAAUAUGUUAAAGUUUGCAGAAGCUUGUGACAUACCUGCUGCUCGGGUGACAAAGAAGGAGGAUGUUAGGGCUGCAAUUCAGAAGAUGUUGGAUACCCCUGGGCCAUACUUAUUGGAUGUUAUUGUACCUCAUCAAGAGCAUGUCCUGCCUAUGAUCCCAAGUGGUGGUGCCUUCAAAGAUGUGAUUACCGAGGGUGAUGGGAGAUCAACAUACUGACCUCCCAAAGCAGCAAAUUUCAUUUCAAGCAUUGUAUGUAGCAGUUCUAGGCUUAGCAAAAAGGGGUGGCCUCGGUUUUUUAGUUAGUAUAGUAUCUGUGGUAUUGUUAUUUAUUGUAUUUUCUUAUUAGUUCUCUUAAAGUUUGUCUGCUGUUUUUGACGCUAUGUUGUUCUUUUAUUUUUUUAAUUUUGCAUCUUAUAAUAAUGUUUAUGUAGUAUCAUGAUAUUCAUUGGCCUGGUUUCAA